AAUUUCAUUAUUUGCACUGAAGUUGCUAUUAGGUAGGUUUUCAUAUUGACUACUACAGAUCCCAGAUACAAGCUUAGAUUUCCCUGAGACUCCCAGUUUGCUGCAGGGACCAUGCUUCUGCAUCCAUUCAGUGUUUUUGCAGCUGUGAUGAUGCUAAUGACAGCUUUCUGUCAGUCUCCUGCAAACCAACCAACAUGCAUUGCAGUUCAGGGGAUACCAGGAAUACCGGGAUUACCAGGAAGAGAUGGACCUAAAGGUGACAAGGGAGAUGCAGGCCCACCAGGACAAGGAUUAAAAGGUGUUCAGGGUCCUCCAGGUAAAGCAGGUCCAGCUGGACAAAAGGGAUCCACUGGCUCACCAGGACAAAAAGGAGACCAAGGACAGAAAGGUGCAAAUGGCAGCCCAGGAAUUACAGGUGCAUCUGGAACUCCUGGCCUUAAAGGUGCAACUGGAUUUGCUGGAACUCCAGGUCUAGCAGGAGCCCAGGGAAUGAAGGGAGCCCAGGGUCCUCUAGGAAAUGCUGGCCCAGCUGGACAAAAGGGGUCAACUGGCUCACCAGGAUCAAAGGGAGACCAAGGGUUAAAAGGUGCUGCUGGCACUCCAGGAAUUCCAGGUGCACCUUGUGACAUGAGCCGUGUGAUUACCUUAGAAAAGCAGCUUUCAGACUUACAGAAAACCAUGGCUUUAAAUCAAAAAGUUUUACAGCUACUAAGUAAAAGCUGGAAAGUUGGAGCCAAAACAUUUUUUACUGGAGGAACAAUAUCAAACUUUGCAAAUGCCAAGUCAGAAUGUGCACGUGUUGGUUCACGUCUGGCUGUUCCAAUCAACGAAGCUGAAAACAAAGCUUUGGAAGAAAUUGUAAAGAAGGUUAACAAAGAAGCUUGGCUUGCAAUGUCAGAUGAAAAGACAGAAGGUAAAUUUGUAUAUUUAGAUGGGAAUCCAAUAAAAUAUUCAAAAUGGAAUCCUGGCGAACCAAAUGAUCAUAAACAUGCUGAAGACUGUGUAGAAAUACAAAGUACAGGAAAGUGGAAUGACAGAUCCUGUUCUGAUGAUCAUCUUGUUAUCUGUGAGUUAUAACUCAUUUCUCUGUGGUCUCACUGUAAAUUUCUAUUGUGUGCCCUAGAAUAGAAACCAUUUGCUUUAUUGUAUCAAUACGCUUUGAGUGUGCCUCAAACUUUUAUUACAGUAUAAUGUAUUUCAUAUCAGAUCUGUAAGCUGUUAUACCAUGUCUGUCUGUAUUUUAAGUGUAACAUAGUUUAAUAUGACUUAAGCAACUUAUGCUCAACUGUUUUCUUUCACUGUAGUCCUUCAGUAAACAAUAUAUAUUUUUUUCUCCCAUCA